GUGGCAACGGCCCCUUCAUAUCACUCAGAGGCCUCCUCUCCCCCCCGGGCAUCUCGAGAGACCGCUGCCCUCCGCUUACACUGCUGUCUCCUACCCUGCUGCCCGCCUUCACCCCUCACGUCCACCAGAAGAAGAAGAAGAAGAAGUAGAAGAAGAAGUACAGGAAGCAGGAGUAGAAGAAGAAGAAGAAGAAGAAGAAGAAGCAGGAGUAGUAGAAGAAGAAGAAGAAGAAGAAGAAGCAGGAGUAGUAGAAGAAGCAGAAGAAGAAGAAGAAGAAGAAGAAGUAGAAGAAGCAGGAGUAGAAGAAGAACCAGAAGAAGAAGAAGAAGUAGAAGAAGAAGAAGAAGCAGGAGUAGAAGCAGAAGUAGAAGAAGAAGAAGAAGAAGAAGAACCAUCGGCGGCCCCAUGGAUCUCUUCUCUUCCUCCCAGGGGUACUACGACGAGGCCUCCUCUCCGGACAGCCUGGACUUCGGCGGCGGGGGCCUGGAGCUGGCCGGCUCCGAGGAGGACGAGCACUUCAGGGUCCCGGGCGCGGACCACCAGCCGGGCCACUGCCUGCAGUGGGCCUGCAAGGCCUGCAAGCGCAAGCCCACCACCAUGGACCGCCGGCGGGCCGCCACCAUGCGGGAGCGUCGGCGGCUGAAGAAGGUGAACCACGCCUUCGAGGCCCUGCGCCGCUGCACCUCGGCCAACCCCAGCCAGCGGCUGCCCAAGGUGGAGAUCCUGCGCAACGCCAUCCAGUACAUCGAGAGCCUGCAGGACCUGCUGCACGAGCAGGUGGAGCAGUACUACGCCCUGCCCGGCCAGAGCGGCUCAGAGCCCGGCAGCCCCCUGUCCAGCUGCUCCGACAGCAUGGCCGACUGCAACAGCCCCGUAUGGCCGCAAGUGACCGCCCUCUACAGCGGCGGCUACUGUUACGUUAAGAAUGACGGCCAGGUCAGCAAGGCGGCCGGGGCCUCCAGCCUGCAGUGUCUCUCCAGCAUCGUGGACCGCCUCACCUCCGCGGAGGUCCCCCACGCCGGGCCCCCGGGGGUCCCCAGCGACGGCUACUCCUGCUCCCCUGACUCCCAGCCCCUGUCCCCCGAGAGCCCCGCGGGCCCCAGGCCCAUCUACCACGUCCUGUGAUCAGGGGGGGGGAGACGGACCCCCAAAGCUGGGGGCCGCCAGGUGGGAAGGACAACAGGAACAUUUGCAGAGUGCAUUACCGACCCCCCAAAUCCCCCCCAGCUCCCCCCAUCUCCCCAACAGUUCAAAAGCACUAGCAUGUACGCUCAACCGACGCCAACAUUUCUCGAAGCUGACGCUAAACUGAUGCCGAACUGACGCUGAAUUUAUGUUAAUGUUCUGAUGAAGAGACUGAACUGAACUGACGCUAAACUGACGCUGAAUUUACGUCAAAGUUAAGCUGAAGUGAGUUCACUGAUGCUAACUUGGUGCUAAAUUGACGCUAAUGUUAAGCUAAAGUGACUAAAGCGAUGCAAAAUUGACUCUAAACUGCCGUUAAUGUUAGCUAAAUUGACCAAACUGAUGCUAAAUUGACGCUAAACUUUGGUGAUUAGCAACAGAGAACAUUGAUGCCCAUUGGUCAGCUUUUUAUAUUGUAAAUAUAUGAGAUUGUAAAUAUAUACGUGUAAAUACCCGUCUAUUCUAUCUAUGCUAUUCUAUACCGUAAUGGACCAUAUUUAAUAAUGAUAAUAAUAAUAAUAAAAUUUCACUUGACACAUCGUGUAUUUUAUUCAAACUCAAUGUUGCAUUUAAAGUGUUGCUUUUUCUAUCCUUGCUUUUAUUCAUCAUUAAAGCUUUAUUUGUUUUAUAUAA